AUGAGUAUGAGUCACUUGUUUACGUGGCAUGGAUAUGCGAUGCUUAUCUUUGGACAAUUCUACGUCCUCUUCUACGCGUCAUCCAACUACCUCUCCGCAUACCCGAUCAUCACAGGAGUCGCAUUAUGGUUCGCGUGUAUUGGCCUCGUCCCUUUUUUCGCCUUCCUCUCACUCCUCCUCCUCAUCCUCCUCUUCCUCUAUUUCUCGUAUCUUGUCAUGUACCUCGCGUUUUGGCCACUCAGUUACUGGGGAUUGGUGCAGAGGCAGGCCAUCAGUCGGAUGAAUGGAGGGUACCAGAGUGAGGGAACGACUAAUACUACAGAUCUAAAUCAAGUUGAGAGGUCGUUGGAGGAUGCGGAGAAUGGUCGUGGGGGUGGGUUUGGAGCAGUGGAGAAUUUGAAGUUGUCGCCGGCGAUGAUGGCCAUACCGAUUGUUAUUUACAAGAAGCCUGGUGGGCGACCUGUCAUGACUUCUCCCUCUGCGGUCGCGGCCAUGACUGCUGCCAAUCUUACCAACACCAGUUCUGGACAACAACCACAGCAGCAACAGGAUCAAGUCGUUGUGACAGGAACUCGUCCAGAUGGAGAUCGACCUGUGGCGCUGGCCAUGCCUCAACCUCGUAGAUGCGGAUACGGUAACGGACGUGACACCCAAAACGAUGUACUCAACAGGAUGUCAGCCAAUCUUUCGAUUAUCUGCAGCACUCCUCCUGUUCCAUCGUACGCAAGCUCUAGGCAUGGACGGUCCCGAUCUUCAACGACCACUGGAUCGGUGUUGUCGUCCAACAUGCCCUCUAUUCCCUGUACGUCGUCCGGGCAGGUGCAGGAGAUGACAGAAGUCGACACGGCUCGUCGGCAAACUGCCUCACCAAUCGUCCCUGCAUCCACACCGCUUCAAACUAUACCCUCCUCGGCUACUACUGCCAAUUCAGGAUUUGGAUCUGGAACUGGAACAGUUGCACAGGCAGCUGUGACAGACACUGCUGCUGGAGCUGGAGGGUACCCGACGUGUGUAUCUGAGGUCGUGUUCCCAGAAAGACACCAACGGAAUUGUAACACCGGCCAGGCCAGCAACAACACCAGCAACCACAGCCUCGCCGCCUCGCACUCCGAAACACCGUCGGCCCGUGACUCAACCCCUACGACCUCAACGCCUGUCCCAAUAGCACUCGCUCAGCCCGCAAUCGCAUCUCUCCCUGCACCGCUCAGCAUCGGCACACUUUCAGCCACAAGUUCCAAGACCUCCUCGCCCUUAUUAUCGCCACUGGGAUCAGUUGCCGCCUCCGUUGCCGUCUCCAUUGCCGAAGAAUCCGAUGACCUCCCCCAACCCCACCAGACUCUGCAGGCACAGGAGGUACAAGCGCAAGAAGAGGAGUUCAACAACGGCGACCAAGAAUGCGCCAUCUGUCUCUCGGACUUUGAAGACGGAGACGAAUUGCGACACUUGUAUUGCAACCAUCUGUUCCAUCGCAAUUGUGUUGAUCGCUGGUUGGUCAGGAACGCGUUCUGUCCGAAAUGUAAACGUGGCAUCUAG